GUCUAUAUUCUGUGGCACUAGAUUUUAGGAGAAUAUGGGCUGCUUUAAACCCCUUGUCGGUCAAGCUAAAGUACGCGAAAAAAAAUCAAGUGAAUGGGCCUGUUCCGCAAUGGAUUCGUUUUCAAACUGAUAAUUGUAUCAAGUGGAAGGGAAAGCGCAAAAAUUGGCUUCGUGCAAGGCUGAACAAUUAGUAUUUCAGCUUUUCAUCUGUUUUUCAAAUCAAAUUAUACCACAAUAAUUUAAUAAAAAUAAGUGUCACAUUGAGUGGAAAAUGCAAUUAUAAAAGUUUUUACAUUGCACUUUCGUUAUUUUUUAAAAUAGAUUUAUAUCUGGAAAAUUAUUGUUUCUGUAAUGGUUUAAUAAUAAUUCAAUUGAACGUAUGAGCAGCAGAAUGGUUGCUUGCUAGAAACCUGCAAAACAUAUAUCGGAAAUAUCCCUAUCAAUUCUUAUGAUGUUAGCACUCUAAUAGUGCCUUUCUAUGACUCAGCUGGCCUACCACCCUUGAUGCAGUGCCAUUUCCAUGUGAAUAGAAACAGUUCUGGGCACAUACUGGUGACGGUAGAGGUACAGGAGAUCCAAAAUUUACCUGACUUCUUUACCGGUGGUGUCCGCGUUUCCAUUUGGUUUGAAGGACAGCCCUCUAGUUGUGUGACGUCCGACGCUUUUAGCGUUCAGGGAGGAACUUCGAUUAUUAACUUUCAACAAACAUUUUGCUUCGGCAGUUUGACGAACGAUCUGAAGCGGUACUUUUCAUCGGAUGUGUUGUAUUUACGGCUAGAUGGAUAUAUCUAGGGACAGGACGGUAGAUGCGUUAGUUAGGAAACACCAUGAUACUAUGAAAUGUCCCCGGGUGUAUAUAUUAGCUGCGCUGUUGUUAAUAACUACAUAGUUUUCUUUAUUUGCCUCUUUUUUCUUUCCCAUGUGAUGAUUACGCUACCUGCUUGCUUUUUCCUUUUAGUGAUUAGCUCUGUGUUAAUAUUU